CUUUUCCCCAAAUGGCCGAGUGCCACGUCAUCAUUCAGGGCCGUCCGAAUGACCACGAACUUGGCCCGACGGGUACUGUAGGUCUAAUCAUAGACACAACUACAGUAACCCUCAUCGACGCAGGUGACCCGUGGAAUGGUCUUGAAAUUGUGCAAAAACUACAAGAACUCCACGUGGCACCAUCUACAGUAACCCAUGUAGUGGUGACUCAUGGUCAUUUAGACCAUUGUGCGAAUCUGGGGCUCUUCCAGGAAGCCUCUGUGAUUAUGGAUUGGGAUGUUGGAAGAAAGUGCGGGGGGAAGGCGAAAUAUAGUGUUAUACCUGGGUGGCCGUAUAGGAUUUCCGAUAAUUUGGAGCUCCAAAACCUCUCCGGGCACACAGCUUCUGACACCAUAGCGAUUGUUUCCGGAAAGAUCGGAAAUUCCAAGAAAAUCGUGGUAUACUCUGGAGAUUUGAUAGAAGAUUUCCAGGAUUUGAAGAAUUUCGAUCCGCUGGAAUUACUGGAAAAUCCAUCGGAUCUUCUGAUCUCUCAUGAAUACAUUUUCGGAGCCGGUGACGUCAUCAUCCCCGGUCACGGGGCGACUUUUGAGAACCCCGAUCGGAUUUUAUACCUUUUCUUCGGUUUUUGGCUGCGUUUUUUGCAUUUGUAAUCAAAUUUCGCUCAAUUUUCUUCGUUUUCUCCAGCUCUUUUCUCAAUAAAAUGUUUUU